GCAAUUGUCUUUCUUUUACCUGGUGGUCUCUGCUUGGGAUUACGAGCGUUGGGUUCUCUUUCUUUUUGGAAUGGUAUUUUAUGCGGGCAGGCGAAGGGGAAACGAAAAUGGCGGGUGGUUUGUUUUGGUUUUUUUUUUAUUCUGGGCAUGCACUGGCUGGCAGCACUGGUUCCUGAGCAGUUUCACUUUGUUUUUUCCAAAUGUGGAAUUUUCUGUGGUAUUCCAUCAUUAUACCAGUAGUGGUUUUCAUCCUGCAUGGCAUUGGGGUUUUGAGUGUGUGCACAAACACCUUCCAAAUCUUACAUCAUAUCAGUAAAGUCUUGCUACACCAAACGCUGGGAACGGACCGACAGUUUCUCUCGCCAUGGCCUUGGCUCGGGUUUCAUGUUGUGCACGGGGUAGCAGGACAACGGACGUGUGUGUGUCUGACAACACCAGGCAUAUGUGCGUUUGAACCUGCAGAUAGCGACAGCUCGAUUCUUCCUGGAACGAAGCGAAGCAGGAAGUCACAUUGGUGCGUAAACUUGUCUCACAAGCCCGUUGCGGUGCCCCUUUUCCAUUUCUGGCUCAGCCGGUAACGAUACACAGCAACUUGUGCGUUGGAAGGGGGUUUGCCGUAUUCGGAUGAUCGGCGAAGAGCCUCCUUUUCUUCUUCGCAACCUCAUCCACAACAAACACACACGCCCUCAGAUCAGAUCGACUACGGUUCGGUGGAGACGGUAUCGUACCAAGUGGUG